GGCGGCGGCGCACGCGUCUUCCCGCUGUCAAUUUCGUCCGGUUAGGGUGCGCGAUUAGCGGCGCGAGCCCACCGCAGUCACCGCCGGCCGCAGCCUCGUCUGCAGCUCCAGGCUUCGCGAGUGCAGUGCCCACCCAGGAUUGUUACACUCGGUUGCAUAACCCCUCACAUACUUCCUCGUCCACAAUUAUGUAUAGUGCACACACUCUCAAAGUGCUUCGGACUUGCUCAGUGUAUUAAACGCCGCAAGGACAUUCACUGACAGAGAUGUUGAAAGGGCGAGGCCGCGACCCUCGCGCGCCGACGUCGGUGCCGGCGCACCUGGCCCGGCCGCCGGCGUCCGCGCAUCUCCAGACGCGGCCCCCGGCGCAGACGCUACGGGCACCCCUUGCCAAACCAGAGCCCGAUUACGAAGUAGUGGAGUUUCCAUCAGACCAAUACGUCAAUGCCAAGCUUCAACCGCCCCCGCCACCACCGCCUAGGCCUUCUACUGGCCACCCGCUGGAGGCGGGGGCGUCGUGUGGGCUGUGCGGCGGCGGCGGGGCGCGCGUGCGCUGCGCGGAGUGCGGCCGCCGCGCGCUGUGCGCCUCCUGCGACGACAUGUACCACCGACACCCCAAGCGCAGGCAUCACCAGCGACAGGCAUUGUCCCCGACGCAGAUGCGCGACGAGCGGCCGCCCCUGCCACCGAAGACCAACGCGCCCGUGCCGCCUCCGCGACGACACAAGUUGACUGGUGACAGAGCAAGCGCCAGCCCGCGACCUGCAGGGUUAGACCAGCGACGCGCUACCAUCGGACACCUCACGCCGAUGCAGAAUCAAACGCACCCUGUACACAACCAGACUUUACCACUCAACAACCACACUCAGCUCCAAAUGCCGGCACACUUGGCCAAGCUAGCCGCGCCUGUAACACAACACACAACACAGCAAAUGGGCAGUAUGCCAUACAUACCCACAAACAUGCCCCAUACCGCCGCCCCAAUGGUUCAACCUCAAGUGCAAGCCAAUACGUUAGCGGCUUGGGGCCGCCAACGCGGGUCGCUGCAAGGAUUUAAUAUGCAUCCUAAUAUGGGUGGGCCAACGGAAGCUUGGGAAAGUCCGGAGAUGCCGUCAUCGGGGCAGUCGUCGCCGUGGGGCCGGCCGCUGAGGCGCGGGGCGUCGGUGCUGGAGCUGGGCGGCGCGGCGGGCGGCGCGUGCGGCGGCUGCGGGCACUGCGCGGCCGCCUGGCGGUACGGCAGCUGCGCCAGCCUCGAGCCCGCGCCCUGGCCCGCCGCCUGGCCCGCGCCCGCCUGCUGCGGGCCGCACCACGUGCCUCCACACGCGCACAUGUACACGCCGCAACCCUACCGUAGAGCGGACAGCCGCGCAGCGUCCCGCGCGGCGUCCCGCACGGGGUCCCGCGCCGCGUCCCCCGCCAUGUCGAGCCGGUCCCGCGCGUCGCGCCGCACCAAGCAUCGAACGCCCUCACCGCCGCCGCUGCCCUCGAGCGACGCCGAUUCCGAGAGUGAAAGCGACAGCGACCGCGCGCCGCCGCCCCCAGAGAGGAGGGAAACCAGGGAACAGCCGAGGAGGAAGGACAACAGACCGAAAGAAGAGCCUAGAAAAUUCGAGAAACAAGAAGUAAAGGAACCGCGAGAAGUGCUAGAGAUCCAAGAGGAUUCGUUAGGCCCCGCGCCGCCGCCGCCGGACGUGUCGUGGCAGUGCGAACACUGCACGUUCGUCAACGAGCCGGGCGUACGGGUGUGCGCCGUAUGUUGCCGCACGCCCACCGCCGCGCCCAAGGCCGUCGAGGAGGUGGGCGCCAACCUCGCACGACUCAACAUUGCCAAGAUGCGCUCGCCGUCGCCAGCGCGUUCCAUCGCCGAACCCACUUGCAACACACAAAAUGGAGAAACCACAAAAUCACGGCAAGGCAUGGAACGAUUUUCGACCGGGUGUGGCCCGUCGCCACCGCGGGAAGAUAAGGUCAAGAAACCUCUCGGUCGACUCGUGACACCGACCAGAGAGCAGAAUGUGCACGAACCUGAGCGGGUCGAACGACCACGAGAAAAACACGAUAUGGGCGUCGGGCCGUCUCCGCCGCGAGAGAACAAAGCCAAGCAUAACAUGGGUACGGGCCCCUCGCCGCCGAAGGAAUCGUUGGUGGUGAGAGCUUCUCCGUAUCGUGAACAGAAAGCAAUGCCGCCUGAGCCCCCGACACGCCACAGCGUGUCGGUGGGUCCGUCGCCGCCUCGAGACAACACUCGCUCGUCGUCCACCGCAAGCAAUGUUCCAAAAAAGUCAGCUGGCACGUCGCCGCCGCGCGGUAGCUACAACGAGCGCCGGUCCACGUCGAGCCGCAACGUGUCCAAUACUGGUACGUCUCCACCGCCGCAGAGUAUCUCGACGCAGACGUACGAGGUUCCAAGCAGCUGGGACGCGUCGUCAGCUUCUCGCUCGCGGCCGCGGCGGCGGUUCCGCGACGACCGCCGGGAGCGCUCGCACAGCAGGCAUUCCCUGUCCAGCGACACACGAGAGAGCGAGCGCAGCGGCCGCACUAGCGGCGGGCGCUGGGAGUGGCGCGAGCGGGACAGCAGCCCCGAGCCGCGCGCCCCGCGCCUCGCGCGCCGCGCCUCGCACCUCGACCUGCACCGCGCGCGCCCCGCCCGCCGGGGCAGCCUCUACGGCUCUGAGGCGGCGUCACCAGAGAGACUAGUAUCUAGCCGCACGCUGUCGCUGGAAGCGCUUGCGGGCGCUGGGGCGAGGCGUGAGACGGAGAGGGGACUCGAGUUGGCGCAGCUCAUGACGGACGCCGAAAGGCUAGGCUUCAGCGCAGCGGAGGUGCACGCGGCCCUGGCCCAGAGCCCGGCCGCGCCGCUGGCGUGGCUGCGGUCGCGCUGGCCCAGCCUGUGCGCCGGCGUGCGCGCGGCCGCGGCCCGCCUGGCGCCCGCCGCGCGCGUCAGCGACAACGAGGCCCGCGCCGCGCUCGCGCGCCACCGCGGCGCCAUGUGGCCCGCCGUCACUGACUGCGUCGAAAGACACCGCCGACAGUCGGAGGCGCUGGUGGGCUCGGAGGGCCGCGUUCGCGGGCGCGUGUGGGGCUCCCCGGUCGGCGCCGACGACGACGCGGCGCCGCCCGCCGCAAUGCGACCCUCGCGCGCAGAAGAUAGUUCAGAUGAAUUUGAAGCGUCCAUCCCGACAAAAUACGACGACGACUGGAUGUACUUGCCGCUAGAUCCCCCCGCUCAGAAUACGUACGAUAUGAACCUUAAUGCGGAAGUGUGGACUGAGCCGGUGAAAGAUACGACAGAUGUUUUAACGGAAGAUAUAGCGCUUAAAUUGAAAUCAUUCCUUAUACAGGCGGGAGUUCCGUCGAUAAACGAAAACUUAUUGCUGAAAGGACUCCUAGCUGAUAAUACAGUAUUCAAACAGGGACAUGGGAGCGAUGCCCGGAGACAAAAUAUCUUAAAUGAAAGGCCGAGGUCAAUGGACAUGGUGCAAUUCGAAAACGAUUUUAUAGACGCAUAUAAUGCUUUAACGCGGUCGAGUCCGUUGCCAAGUAUCAAUAACCCAGCACCAACUAGUCUAAAAGUUGGAGAUAGAUCGAAUCAUUCGAAAGCAGAAACAUCUGAAUUAAAUUCUCCGAAAAGCACUGAUGUUGAUCACACCAAUAUAAAUAAAAACAAAUCUCCAGGAAGACAUAACUUACAAACUUUUGAAAAUAUAGAACAGAAUCUAAAUAAAGUAGAAAAUGAAUUAAAAGAACGAUUAAAUAUAAAUCAAAGAAUAAAUGCCCAAACAGAUAUACCCAUCGAAGUUUUCAAUAAAAAUCAGGAACAGAACACCGACGUACAAACAGCAGCUUUAAAAAGAGAGGAACACCCAGAACCAAACAAAAUUGGAGCUAGUCCAGAAAGAAAAAUUGUACCAAACACCACUCCGGAUCAUCAAAGUUCCAAAACUUUCUUGAAGAAACGUGAUAAAAAUGUCAACAGUACUGUACCAAUGCCAACCACAAGUAGACAACAAGAAGAUAAAUCGAGUAAUCUGAGUGAUAUUGUUGACAAUACACAAAGACUUAUACAGCAAAUGAAAGAAGAAAUAAAUUCAGAUAUAAAUUCACUUGAUGGGCAUGGUAUGUCUCAAAGUGAAGCUGAUAAUAGUUCAAACGAAUCAGAUUACUCUAGUGAACACGAAUCAUCAUAUAGUGAAUCACAUGACGAAACCGAUAAUUUAACUUCAGAUGAAAAAGAAGAUUCAAGCACAGAAGAAGAUACCAAUGAACAAUCUCAAAAAAGUCCCACGCCUUUGAACAGAACCAGUUCUGAGGAAAAUGAACAAUUUGAGGAAGCUAUGGAUCAUAUAGAAGAACAAAACGAAAAUUUCAAACAAACUAAUAUUGAAAUUCUUGAUUCGAUAGCACGAAGCCUACAAGAAGAUCACACUAUAACAUUAGAAUUAAAUCGUCAUUCAGAAACAAUUGAGCCGGUACCUGCGAUAUUUGAAUCUGAGGCUUCAGGGCAAAGGUUUCCAAACAACAUCAAAGAUGUCGAGGAACAAAAUAUCGUCGCAGCAAUUGAGCCGGUACCUGCGAUAUUAGAAUCGGAGGCAUCAGGGCAAAGGUUACCAAACAACAUCAAAGAUGUCGAGGAACAAAAUAUCGUCGCAGCAGCAGAACAAAGCAGUAGAUCACAAACUGCGCCGAAACCAGCAACCCCAAAAAUAAAAAAGAAGGAUAUUAAUAACAAUUUAAGAUUUGUUCAAGCAAAUUCAUUUGAAGAAAUUUAUGAUGAAUUGACUUCUGGUAAAAACCAAAAUACUAGUAAUUCUAUAUCUGUACAAAAUAAACAAACUAAAAGAGAUUUACACCCUGUAAUAAAUGAUCCAACUCCUGAACCGCAACCUUCUAAACCAAGUUACGAGGAGACAAGAACGCCCGCAGUAAUUCCACCCAAACAGGAUGUAAUUAUUUCAACAUUGAACAUAGAAGUUCCAACUAGAUUAAUAAUUAUCAAUCAACAUCACGAAAUAUAUAAUGGAGUAAUUGAAACUAUAGAAGAUCCUAUUCAAAUUCCUGCUAGCAGUGAAGUUAAUAAUACAGACGUAGAAGUGAACAAUACAUCAGGCGACAUGCCAGCCGAGCGUAACAACAAUGAAUCUAGUGAAAGUGACGAAGGUGAGGGUUCAUCAGAUUCCUCAAGAAGAACCGUUUCACCGGCUAAAGAAAUCAAUAUUGAGAUCAAAAAAAAUAAUGAAGUGCCACUUGAGAGUACUAAUAGUACGCAUGUUAAUGCACCGUCUGUAAACGAAGAAAUCAAUACAACUCCUGAAAGUACUGCUGAAGACGCAAAUACCUUCGAGGAUGAUAACGCUAUAAAAACUUCUCCUGAAAAGCAAACCCCGAUCACCAAUAAGAAAAAGUCACAUAUUCCUAAAUUCAUCAAAAUAUUCCCGAGCAGCAAGCAAAAAACUGACAAAAGCUCUCCAAAAGUAAUCUCCUCUAAAGUACCGGUUCGACGAGGUUCGAUCAAACAGUAUCCUGCACCUGCGCCUCCAAAAACUUACUUCGGCAACAUACAAAAUGGGCAUGUGAAACAACUGCAAACACGACUGUUUAAUAAUAAAACUACUAAAGUUGUCGUACCUUCCACAACGAAAGUUGAACCGGUGCCUUCAACGUCUUCAACGUUUAACAAGAAGAGGCCCGCUCCACUGCCACCAUCAAACACAGAUAAUAAAUUAGAAUCACCACCUAAAGAAAGCAAGCCCUACUUCCGUGAAACAUGUCGCACGGAGGACGAAUGGACUGAAAGUGAUUCCGAUGAAUCGCAAGUACCUCUGAGAAAAGAGAACUCACACGAACCACUGCGUGCUCCCUCACCGCCGCCGCCGGUCACAGUUCGGCGUGUGUCUGGUCAAAUGAUAGACUUGGAUAGAGUUCGUCUCUUGGAAGGAUCACCGGAGAGACAAGCGCGAAUGCUGUUAGCAGAAGGAGCAUUGGAGAAUUGGGACCAGGCGCAACUUGCUGUGGAACUAGUAGCGCGCGGAGCAGACCCGCCGGCGGCGUUGCUAGCCGCACUCGAGUGUGCGGACCUUGAAGCCGCACUUACUUAUCUGUACCAAGACUGCGAACUGUGCGCGUCUCGACUGCCAGAACAUGAGAUGGUGUCGAUGUUACGCUGCACACACAGAUGCUGCAGAGAAUGCGCGCGCCAUUACUUCACAGUACAAAUAACUGAGCGAAGCAUCGCAGACUGCGUAUGCCCGUACUGCAAGGAACCGGAGCUUGAAACGCUACCUGAAGACGCCUGGCUCGAAUACUUCGCACACCUAGAUAUUCUACUCAAGACACUUAUUGAAAUUGAUGUCCAUGAAUUGUUUCAACGAAAGCUACGUGACCGAACGUUGGCGAUGGAUCCGAACUUUAGAUGGUGCGUGGAGUGUUCAUCUGGUUUCUUCGUCCAUCCCAAACAAAAGAAACUGCGCUGUCCUGAAUGUAAAUCCAUCAGUUGUGCAACUUGCAGAAAACCGUGGACACAAAGCCACGAGGGUCUGAGUUGUGAGCAGUACGCCAAGUGGCUGGAAGACAACGACCCUGAGCGAUCUGUCGCUGCGGUGCAACAACACUUACGAGAGAAUGGGCUUGAUUGCCCACGGUGUCACUUCAAAUAUUCCUUAUCUAGAGGCGGUUGUAUGCAUUUCACAUGUACCCAAUGCAAGUACGAGUUCUGCUACGGCUGCGGGAAACCGUUCAUGAUGGGCGCUCGUUGUGGUCUGAGCGAGUACUGCGCACGCCUGGGUUUACACGCCCAUCAUCCGCGCAACUGUCUCUUCUACUUACGUGAUAAAGAACCGCAUGAGUUACAAACUCUUCUGCAGAUGAACAACGUAAGCUUCGAAACAGAGGCGCCUGAGGGCAGUACCAAGCGCUGCCCGGUGCAACUACAGAAGGAGACGCCCACUGGGCUCAUCGACGCGGCCUGCGGGAGCGAAGUGCCGCCGAAUCACGCAGGCCUUUGCAAGAACCAUUACCUGGAGUACCUGAGCCGCCUGGUGCGGGCGCGGCGCGUGGAGCCGCUGCCGCUGCUGGGCGUGGACGACCUGGAGACGCUGGCCGCACUACGUGGAGUACCUGGCGGGGCUCGCGCGCCCGCUCGACCCCAUCCCCAUCAUGGACGUGAGCGAGCUGGUUGCCGAGCUGCGGCGCCGCGCGCUGCCGCUGCCCGAGCGCGGGCCCUGGGACACCGACCCCAUCUACGCGGGCAUGUGCGCCGAGAUUGUCAAAGAAAAAAUACCACUGGAAUAAAUAGGACAACCAAAGUUCCAGCCGCAAACAGUUUUGUAUAUAUGUCGGGAUCGAUUCGCUUCAGUUUAUUUGAUUAUACCUAGUCAUAUAACAUAAGGAUUAAGCAAUAAAGUAUUAACAAUAAAAAGUUAUGUACAUGUAAA